CCGCAUGCGCAUGUGUGUGGCCCUGGUGUGUGGUUUGUGUGUAAGCAAUCCAGGGAGGAGCCAGAACACAGCAUUAGAGAAAAAAAGGAUGGCGGAGCUGAAAUCUCGCAGCCGGGAGAGCGUGAACAAGGUGACGGAGGAAAAGAUGGAGGGCCCGGCAGACGAGGGCAGUGUGGUGGAGGAACAGCCCAUGGCAGAGUCUCCCAAGGAGGACGCCCCCAAAAGCAAGAUAGAGCUGAAGAGGAGCAUCACGCUCUUCAAUGGCGUGGGAAUGAUCAUCGGCACCAUCAUCGGGUCGGGCAUCUUCGUGUCGCCCACAGGCGUGGUGAAGGAGGUGGGCUCGGUGGGCCUGUCGCUGAUCGUCUGGGCCGUGUGCGGCAUAGUGUCCACCAUGGGUGCCCUGUGCUACGCCGAGCUGGGCACUACCAUCACCAAGUCGGGCGGCGACUACACCUACAUCCUGGUGGUGUAUGGCGAGCUGGCGGCGUUCCUCAAACUGUGGGUGGAGAUGCUGAUCAUCCGGCCGUCCUCCCAAUACGUUGUCUCCCUGGUGUUCGCCACGUACCUGCUCAAGCCGUUCUUCCCAGUCUGCCCUGUUCCGGAGGCUCCUGCCAAGCUCAUUGCUUGCCUCUGUCUAACUUCGCUGACCUUUGUGAAUUGCAUCAGUGUCAGAGCGGCAACCAAAGUCCAGGAUGUCUUCACAGCAUCGAAGCUCCUCGCGCUUAUAAUCAUCAUUUUCUUUGGCUUUGUUCAGAUUGCAACAGGUGAUGUCUCUUACCUGUCUCCAAAGCUGGCGUUUGAGGGGAGCAAAAUGGGAGUAGACAACAUAGUGCUGGCCCUGUACAGUGGCUUGUUUGCCUACGGUGGAUGGAAUUAUCUGAACUAUGUCACAGAGGAAAUGAUCAAUCCAGAGAGGAACCUACCGCUGUCAAUCAUCAUCAGCAUGCCCAUCGUAACUGUGGUGUACGUGCUGACCAAUAUGGCGUACCUCACCACCAUCCCUCCACAAGUCAUGGUGGAGUCUGAAGCGGUUGCUGUGUCUUUCGGGGAGUACCAUCUGGGUGUGAUGUCCUGGAUCAUCCCAGUCUUUGUGGGGCUGUCCUGUUUUGGUGCAGUGAAUGGCAGUUUGUUCACAUCAGCCAGGCUGUUUUAUGCGGGUGCUCGUGAGGGACAGCUGCCUGCUGCACUUGGAUUGGUUCACACCGACCUCUUCACCCCAGUGCCCUCCCUCAUCUUCACAUGCUGCCUGUCCAUGUUCUAUGCACUGUCUAAGGACAUCUUCUCCGUCAUCAACCUCUUCAGUUUCUUCACGUGGCUGUGUGUCGGCAUGGCCAUCGCUGGGAUGCUGUGGCUACGCUGGACCAAACCUGACCUCCGCAGGCCUAUCAAGAUCCCACUGGUGAUCCCCCUGGCAUUUGUGAUCGGCUGCGCCUUCAUGGUGGUGGUGUCCUUCUGGGCAGCCCCCUUCGAGUGCUUGGUGGGCUCGGGCAUCAUCCUCUCCGGGAUCCCCUUCUACCUGCUGGGCUACAAAUGGGAGAAGCCUCGCACAGUGCAGAAGGUCCUCGAAAUCUUCACUCUUUUCUGCCAGAAGGUUUUCUUGGCAGUUCCAGAGGAGCGGGAUACGAAAGAGUGAUCCGAUCAGGGCUCAGGACGUGGGCAAUCGACAAGACUGCGUUCUUGCUAUUGUGUUUCAUAUUUGUGUUGAAGUCAAAGAGAAGUGGCAUUGUGUUUGUCUCUGUGGUUUCAGGUAAAUCUGUUCAUUUCUUUUGUCCUCCUCCUACUUUUCUCACGUAAUGAAGACAUCCAGUAUUUCAGCCACACCACACCUCGAUCAGUAGACACACGAGAUAAACUCUGCUGUGGUUAGGAGUCUCUACGGUUUGUAAUGUGUAUCAGAACUCAGUGUGACUGAUGCUCAGUAACGAGGUGCAGCCUAAAUCGGUAUUGCCCCUUUAACCCCCGAGCUGCACAAAUUAACCCCACAUUGGAGCCCAGUCACCCUGGUCCAUUCAGGCCCAGUACCUGUAGAGAUGUGAUGUCUGCAUGGAGCUAAACUAAAAAUGUAGACACAUUUGCAUUCACAGCUGAAUGCCAGCACAGCACUUCUCUGUAGACUAGUAUGUCUCUAAGCAUAAGUGUUUCUUGUGCACUAGAGACCAUUUUUGGCUGGUAGGUUGAGCAUUGAGUAGUGCCUGCUCAGGGCGUGCCUGGGUGGGAUAACCCUUUACAAGGGGAGAGCCACAGAAACUCACAGGGUAUUUUUGUUUUUAUUCAAUCAGAUCAAUGAAUCUCCCUCAACCUCUUCUGUCUUCUUUCUCAAUCAUUCUAAACUGUGGGAGAUUAUCCACAUUUCUGUGGAAAUUAAUGUACCUCAUACAUUUUACACAAGGAAAAUGCUAAGGCAGUCAAGGUGCUUCAUUUUUAAUCCCAUAUUUAAGUUCUGUUGAUACUGUGGCUGACCUCAUACUAACUUGUGUUGCUUUGGUCUAUUUCUCAUUACUAACAGUUUAACAUCUUUAGUUUGCCAUUUUUAAGGCUUCAUCUUUUCAUUAGAAAUGUCUGCAUCAGCUUGUUAGUUUUGAGUGAAAAGACACCAAUUACUUGAAGAUCUAGAAGGUCUUCUUACUGAGAUUACUUGGACACGUGUUUUUAUUAUGAUUUUUUAAAACCUAAAUUUAGCCUACAUGUGACCUGACAACUGCAAACGCACAAACUGUACAAUAUUCAAAGGAGCACAUAUAUUCAGGAGAGGACAGGGGCCUGCUAUAGGGUUUAUUCAACAGUGGCAGAGCUUCAGUCUCAGUUCAACCUCUUUACAGUUAUGAUAUAUCUGCACCUUCUCAUAGGGGGCGCUGUCCCCUAUGUUUACAUGUUUGGGCAAAAGUGAACUCUGCUGCAGUAG